AUAAAAGGGGCCAGCCGUGUCUCCAGGGGGGCAGAGGAGCAGAGCACAGGUGUGAAUAGCCACAUCGUUGCCAUUUUCCCCUGCCCGGCUUCUCCUUCUGAUCCUUGCCUACAGGUCAUCCUUGACUUACAAUCGUUCGUUUAGUGACCGUUCUAAGGACCAUUUUCCAGACUUUUCACCAGCGGAGGCGAUUAACGGGGUCUGUCCAUUCCCAGGUCUGGAUUCGGGAGGAUGAGGACUCUUUGGAUAGUGGCCGUGUUGCUGCUGGGCGUUGAAGGGAACCUGCUGCAAUUCAAUAAAAUGAUCAAGAUAAUGACGAAGAAAAACGCUAUUCCCUUCUACAGCUCUUACGGAUGCUACUGUGGCUGGGGGGGCCAAGGCAAGCCAAAGGACGCCACUGACCGCUGCUGCUUCGUGCACGACUGCUGUUAUGGAAAACUGACCGACUGCAGCCCCAAAUCGGACAUCUAUUCCUACAGCUGGAAGACCGGGAUUAUCAUUUGCGGAGAGGGCACCGAGUGUGAGAAGAAGAUUUGUGAGUGCGACAGGGCUGCGGCAGUCUGCUUAGGACAUAAUCUGCGCACGUACAAGAAAAGAUAUAUGUUUUACCCGGACUUUCUUUGCACGGACCCUUCAGAGAAAUGCUAAGUCUCUGCAGGCCGGGAAAAACCCCUCAAAUUACACAAUCAUAAUUGUGUUAUUCUGAAUGCAAUACUGAGUAAUAAACAGGUGCCAGCUUUGCACUCAA